AUGGAUCCCCACACGCGCAGCCACCUGGUACAGCGUGUGCAAAAAUACUUCCUGGAGUUUUUACAGACCUUCAAGCGACCAACCGAAGAUGGAGGCCGUGAGGAUGACCUUUACUAUGUGAGCCAAGCGAAAGCAAUGGUGCGGGAAAACAAGAAGACCCUGUAUGUGAAGAUGGGUCAUUUGGAGCAGGCUGACCGAGAUGUUGUCUCCUUCGAACCUGAAGAUCUGAUCGCUGUCAUCCACAGCAAGUACAUGGUUGUGCGAGAUGCCGUCAAUGCUGCGCUGCCGCAACUGCUUUCAAACUUGGAAGAUCCUGACUUGCAAGCAGAGGUGGAAAAGAUGGACGAGCUCAAGUUUACGGUCGCCUUCUAUGACCUGGCGACCUACAGUGGCAUCCGAGACCUGCGAACUGAAAAGCUUGGCAGGCUUGUGACGAUUUGUGGUACAGUCACACGCACCACCGAUAUCAAGCCAGAGCUCUUAGUGGCCACAUGGAAAUGCAACGAGUGCCGCCGGGAAAUCAGCGGUGUAUCGCAAGAGUUCAAAGUGACAACACCGCCGAAGUGUCCAACGAAGAACUGUGGCAACACCACGAAUUGGAGCCUGCUUGCGGAGAGCCGUUCGACUCGAUGGGGAGAUUGGCAACGUGUUCGCUUACAAGAGAAUGAGCAUGAAGUCCCAGCAGGAUCCAUGCCACAGACCAUGGAUGUCAUUGUAAGAGAUGACUGUACCGAGAAGUGUAAGGCAGGUGACAAGAUCCAGAUCACCGGAUCGCUGAUUGUCGUCCCAGAUGUACCUACUUUGAUGAGCCCUGGUGAGCUGAAGGCCACGGUGCGGAGAUCUUUGAACACCAGGUCGGAUCCAUCCUAUGCUGCUGGUGAGGGAAUCCGCGGCCUGAAGUCCGUUGGAAACAGGGACCUCACCUACAAGCUGGCAUUCUUUGGCACCUACAUUGAUGAGGACUCGGAUUGGGCAAGCCGCGGCAGCGAGGAGAAGAGCGAGAACAUUCGAUCUGAAGAAAAGAUGUACCUGUCGCAGGUCGACAAGGAACGUUUUGAGCAGAUCUCUGAGCACGUGAAUGUGAGUGGGAAGCGUGACUGCCUGGACUUGUUGGCUCGCGCAGUGGCCCCAAGCAUCAGCGGCUAUCUGGAAGUGAAGAAGGGCAUCUUGUUGAUGCUGGUUGGUGGUGUGAAGAAAUCGACCAUGGAGGGAAUUCAGCUUCGUGGAGACGUCAACGUUUGCUUGUUGGGCGAUCCUGCAACUGGAAAGAGUGAGAUGUUGCGAUGGGUGUCCAAAUUCCUUCCGCGUGCGGUCUUCACCUCGGGCAAAAGCUCCACUGCCGCAGGUUUGACAGCAUCAGUGGUGAAGGACAAUGACCUGGACAAUGAACGGCUCAUCGAGCCCGGUGCUUUGAUGCUUGCGGAGCCUCAGAUGCAACGUUGCUGGUGUUUCGAUACUCGAUACGACGGAGGUGGGGUGGAGUCAGAAGAUACCAUGCCCGAUGACAAUGGUGUUUGCUGCAUUGAUGAGUUCGAGCUCAUGGAUAUCAAGGACAUGGUUGCAAUCCAUGAAGCCAUGGAACAGCAGACCAUCACCUUGUCCAAGGCUGGCAUUCAGGCCACGUUGAACGCCCGCUGUUCCAUUUUGGCAUCGGUUUUGCCGAAGAACACCUACUACCAGGCCACACUCCCCCUGCACAAGAACUGCGAGCUGAGCCCUCCGAUCAUGUCGCGUUUUGACCUCUUCUUCGUGAUGCAGGACAUCCGUGAUGAGACCCAAGACUUGACCGUGGCCAAGCACAUUGUGGCGUCGCAUCGUCGCAAGGAUGAUGAAGUAGCUCCACCUGUGUCGCAUUUGGAUCUGCAGAGGUACAUCCGCCUUGCUCGGACCUUCAAGCCAAAGAUCUCGCCAGAGGGAUCUGCACUCUUGGUGAAGUGUUACAAGAAGCUGCGUGAGGACCGGAGCUACACACGUGGUGGAGCCGGAGUGACGGUUCGUCAGCUUGAGAGCCUCAUCAGGCUUUCAGAAGCAAUCGCCCGCGUGUACCUGAGUGAGUGGGUGAGGCCGGAGCAUGUGAAGGAGGCCUUCGAACUUCAGAUCUCCUCCCUUCGGCAAUCAGAGCGUGAGAGCAUCGAUUUGGGUGCUGAAGACCUGGCGCCCACUAAGCGUGGCCGCGAGGACGAGGAGGAGCCGAGAGAAGCGGAGAGAAAGGCAGUGAAGCGCGUUCGCAUUACACACCCUGAAUAUAUGCGAAUGGGUCAGAUGCUUCUGAGACACCUCGUGGACCAAGCGGCUGCAGGGCAGGUGGUGACUGAGGGUGAUCUUAUCACCUGGUACAUGGAACAAGUUGAGCCAGAGCUAGUCACUGAGGAGCAGCUCUUCCAACGGCAGCAUUUGGUGCAGCUGGUGGUGAGCCGAAUGAUCGACAAGGAUCGAGUGAUCUUGGUGACGGAGCCGGCCAAGGAGGGGGAUCCCUUGCAGCCUGAAGGCCGUGUGCUGGAGAAGCAUCCCAAUGUGCCUGUGGACAGCCUGGAUAGAAUAUAG